GCGGCGCGCAUAGCCGCCCUGCCGCCUCUGGGUGGCCCCAGCGCGCAUCGCCGCUCAUCGACCAGGGAAGGUGAGGCGAGAGGAGGCUGGUGCGGAGCUCGCGGGCCGGUGCGCAGCGCUCUGCAGCUCCACCCGGGCAGGAGCAGACAAAAGAGGCCGGCGGUGCACAGCUCGCGGGGACGGCGAUGGCCGGGCGCGGAGGCCGGGCGCUGCUGGCGCUGUGCGCGCUGGUGACCGCCGGGUGGCUGCUGGUGGCCGAAGCCCAGGAGCCCGGGGCUCCCGUGGCCGGGAUGCGGCGGCGCCGGCGGCUGCAGCAGGAGGACGGCAUCUCCUUCGAGUACCACCGCUACCCUGAGCUGCGCGAGGCGCUGGUGUCCGUGUGGCUGCAGUGCACCGCCAUCAGCAGGAUCUACACGGUGGGGCGCAGCUUCGAGGGCCGGGAGCUGCUGGUCAUCGAGCUGUCCGACAACCCCGGGGUCCAUGAGCCUGGUGAGCCUGAAUUUAAGUACAUUGGGAACAUGCAUGGUAAUGAGGCGGUUGGACGAGAACUGCUCAUUUUCUUGGCCCAGUACCUGUGCAAUGAGUACCAGAAAGGGAAUGAGACCAUCGUCAACUUGAUCCACAGCACCCGAAUUCAUAUCAUGCCUUCGCUGAACCCUGAUGGCUUUGAGAAGGCAGCGUCUCAGCCUGGUGAGCUGAAGGACUGGUUUGUGGGUCGAAGCAAUGCCCAGGGAAUAGAUCUGAACCGGAACUUUCCAGACCUGGACAGGAUAGUAUAUGUUAAUGAGAAAGAAGGUGGUCCCAAUAAUCAUCUGCUGAAAAAUCUGAAGAAAAUUGUGGAUCAAAAUGCAAAGCUUGCCCCCGAGACCAAGGCUGUCAUUCACUGGAUCAUGGACAUUCCUUUUGUGCUUUCUGCCAAUCUUCACGGAGGAGACCUGGUGGCCAAUUAUCCAUAUGACGAGACACGGAGUGGUAGUGCUCAUGAAUACAGCUCCUGUCCAGAUGAUGCCAUUUUCCAAAGCUUGGCUCGAGCAUACUCUUCUUUCAACCCUGUCAUGUCUGACCCCAAUCGGCCACCCUGUCGCAAGAAUGAUGAUGACAGCAGCUUUAUAGAUGGGACGACCAAUGGUGGGGCGUGGUACAGUGUACCUGGUGGAAUGCAAGACUUCAAUUACCUGAGCAGUAACUGUUUUGAGAUCACCGUGGAGCUUAGCUGUGAGAAGUUCCCACCUGAAGAGACUCUCAAAAGCUACUGGGAGGAUAACAAAAACUCUCUCAUUAGCUACCUUGAGCAGAUACACCGCGGAGUUAAAGGGUUUGUCCGGGACCUUCAGGGAAACCCAAUUGCCAAUGCCACCAUCUCUGUGGAUGGAAUAGACCAUGAUGUCACUUCGGCUAAGGAUGGUGAUUACUGGCGAUUGCUUGCCCCUGGAAACUACAAACUUACAGCAUCAGCUCCUGGCUAUCUGGCAAUAACAAAGAAAGUGGCAGUUCCUUAUAGCCCUGCCAUUGGGGUUGAUUUUGAGCUGGAGUCAUUCUCUGAGAGGAAAGAAGAGGAGAAAGAAGAACUGAUGGAAUGGUGGAAAAUGAUGUCAGAAACUUUAAAUUUUUAAAAGAGGCUUCUAACUAGCUGCUUCAAUCUAUAUAAUAUAGUAUAAUGCAUUGUGGCUAUUUUAUUUUAGAUCGUGUGCCAUUAAUAUUUAACACUGGUUUAUUUUUAAUCAUUUAAGUAGUAAUCCACAUUACUUAGAUUCAGAUAAAAAUAUAGGAACUCGAUUUACUUCACCCUCAUGGCAUCCAUUUCCCUACAGAGCUUUAAUAAAAUGAGUGAUGAUCUUUUAUGUAACUGAUGACAAUGCGAUAUGACAAAUACCAUUGAAAAAGUCAACAGAUGUAGCUUGGAGUUGUGAGCUCUGUACUGCAAGAGUUACGUCGCUCCGUACACAUUGUCAUUUGUCUCUUGUGCUGAUUCGCUGUAUUAAAGCAUGAGCUGUGAAUGCAUUUCUGAUGGGAAGAAAAUGUACGUUUCUAAGCGGUUUUGUGUGCAAAAUGAAAACUGACUUCUUGCUUGUACUUGUGAGAGAAAAAUUGUUCUGUCAGUCAGCCCGUUAACACUACAGAGUUUAAAGUUUUGUCUUGAUUGCAUAUUGGCCCAGAAUUGCAUUCUGAAUGAAUAAAGGUUUAAAAAGAA